CGCGCUUCACUCACUGUGUUUGAGCGCUGCUCUGCGUUGAGUUCUCUUUGGUCCGAUUGGGAUACGAAGCGUGAUCGCGGGGCUGGCGGUCAGGCGGCGCAUGAACAAUGCCUUUGGAGGGCUGGCCCCACUUUUUGUGAAGUUUUGUGCUGUGCCCCGGCCAAAAAAAGACCCCACUUACCCUUCUUGCCCCUCCCCAAACGUGCCCUUAAAAUCUUGACCCCUCCUCAGAAUUUCACCUGCCUUUCCCUCUUCCCUUCCUCGUCGGCAUACCUGAUUCAAGCAAUCAACUGCCACUUCAUUACGUCUUCAAUCUCGCGCAAGUCGCCAGUCUCGUUCACGGAGCAAGUUCUCAAAUCACCGUCAAAAUGGGCAAGGAAGACAAGACCCACAUCAACGUGGUCGUCAUCGGCCACGUCGACUCUGGCAAGUCCACGACGACUGGUCACUUGAUCUACAAGUGCGGUGGUAUCGACUCCCGUACCAUCGAGAAGUUCGAGAAGGAAGCUGCCCAGCUCGGCAAGGGCUCCUUCAAGUAUGCGUGGGUUCUCGACAAGCUCAAGGCUGAGCGUGAGCGUGGUAUCACCAUCGAUAUCGCCCUCUGGAAGUUCGAGACCCCCAAGUACAUGGUCACUGUCAUCGAUGCCCCCGGCCAUCGUGACUUCAUCAAGAACAUGAUCACUGGUACUUCCCAGGCCGACUGCGCUAUUCUCAUCAUUGCCGCCGGUACUGGUGAGUUCGAGGCUGGUAUCUCCAAGGAUGGCCAGACUCGUGAGCACGCUCUGCUUGCCUACACCCUGGGUGUCAAGCAGCUCAUCGUCGCCAUCAACAAGAUGGACACGACCAACUGGUCCGAGGCUCGGUUCAACGAGAUCAUCAAGGAGACCUCGAACUUCAUCAAGAAGGUCGGCUACAACCCCAAGUCGGUCGCCUUCGUCCCCAUCUCCGGCUUCCACGGCGACAACAUGCUGGAGCCCUCCGCCAACGCUCCCUGGUACAAGGGCUGGGAGAAGGAGGUCAAGAACGGCAAGGUCACCGGCAAGACCCUCCUUGAGGCCAUUGACGCCAUCGAGCCCCCCAAGCGCCCCACCGACAAGCCCCUCCGCCUUCCUCUGCAGGAUGUGUACAAGAUCGGCGGUAUCGGCACUGUCCCUGUCGGCCGUAUUGAGACCGGUAUCCUGAAGCCCGGCAUGGUUGUUACCUUCGCCCCUUCGAACGUCACCACUGAAGUCAAGUCCGUCGAGAUGCACCACGAGUCGCUCGCUGAGGGUGUUCCGGGCGACAACGUCGGCUUCAACGUGAAGAACGUUUCCGUCAAGGAAAUCCGCCGCGGCAACGUUGCCGGCGACUCCAAGAACGACCCUCCUGCUGGCGCCGCUUCCUUCGAGGCCCAGGUCAUCAUUCUCAACCACCCCGGUCAGGUCGGCGCUGGCUAUGCCCCCGUCCUCGACUGCCACACCGCGCACAUUGCCUGCAAGUUCGCUGAGCUCCUCCAGAAGAUCGACCGCCGCACUGGUAAGGCCGUCGAGGACAACCCCAAGUUCAUCAAGUCUGGCGAUGCCGCCAUCGUCAAGAUGAUUCCCUCGAAGCCCAUGUGCGUGGAGGCUUUCACCGAGUACCCUCCCCUUGGUCGUUUCGCCGUCCGCGACAUGCGUCAGACCGUCGCCGUCGGUGUCAUCAAGAAGGUUGAGAAGGCUGCUGCCGGUGCCGGCAAGGUCACCAAGUCCGCUGUCAAGGCCUCCAAGAAAUAAACGGUUUUCCUUGC